AUGCAAUCCUCUCGGCUUGUUCGAGUGGCUCUAGCCAAGAGAUCUCGAAGACAAUUCCAGCAAAACAGAAAGUUCAGCUGCCUCCAAGCAUCAGCACUGCAACCACAACUUCAGCUUCAGCCGUUGGACUAUGACUAUGAGCCUCAGCAGCCAUGGCUUAGCUAUAAGCAUACGCGACCUCAGCGGAGAUGUUUCAGUACUUCUUGUACCAACAGCAACCACAAUCAACGCAGAGCUCAGUCCAGUGUGGCUGUGGCCAGUAGUCUCGAUGAACCAGCUCUUUCCACUACCAACAACAAGUCAAGACAACAAAUCCACCGCCUGGAACGAAUUCGCAAUGUGGGAAUCUUGGCACAUGUGGAUGCGGGAAAGACGACCGUCACGGAACGCAUGUUGGCUCUAGCUGGAGUUGUAAGGCACGUGGGAAGAGUCGAUACCGGAAACACCGUCACAGACUAUCUCCCGCAAGAACGAGAACGAGGCAUUACCAUUCAAUCAGCGGCCAUUCAAUUCGACUGGGGAUGGCACAAUAGCAACAACAAUGCCACAAACGAACGAGUUCACGUACAUCUCAUUGAUACUCCCGGGCAUGUCGACUUUUCUGUCGAAGUUCAUCGCAGUGUCGCCGUACUCGAUGGGGCCGUGCUCGUCGUGGAUGCCGUCGCAGGAGUUCAAGCGCAAACCGAAACUGUAUGGAGAGCCAUGCAAGAACAUUCUCCCUCUGGACAAGCAUUGCCGUCUCUCGUCACUAUCAACAAAAUGGACAAGGAAGGAUGCAACUUUGCACAGGCCGUACAAACCAUUAGACACAAAUUGCCAAAUGCGAAUCCAGUGCCCAUUCAGUUACCGCUCUUUCGAGUCGAUCAUGAUAUUCCCGACAAUCAUAACUGUCUACAAAUGCCAAACGUCGUCGCUCUCCCGAAUGGGGCCGAUUGCGAUCAUGACAACAGCAACAACCACAAGAACAAUAAUAUCCACGGAGAAUUCAUGGGAGUCAUCGAUCUCAUACACAUGCGAGCCAUUGUGUAUCCAGAAACCAACCCAAACUCAUCCCGGAGUGUCGAAGAAUGCAUCCCCGACGUUUAUCCAUUACUACUGGGAGGAUCCACGGGUACUGCCAGCAAGAACACGGACGCGUCGUCGCUCGUGCUCGAUGCCGAUUGUGCCUUGACACAAGCCGCAUUACAAGCACGACACGCAUUGGUGGAACAAUUGGCCGGAGAUUGUCAAGAUGAAUGCAUGGAACAGCACUACCUAGAAGAUAUCAUGCCGGCACCACAUCAACUACAACAUGCCGUACGACAAGCUACCUUGACGCACAAGGCAUUGCCCGUCGUAGCGGCGGCCGCAUUAAAAGGAAAGGGACUCGAACCACUACUCGAUGCCAUUGCCGAUUUAUUGCCGUCGCCAUUGGAUCGACCUCCACCCGCAUUGAUUGAUACAGAUACCACCGAAACAUUGUCGUCGUCUCUUCCUGACACCACCACCACACUCGGACAUCCCAUGAACAGCGAUCUACUCGCGUUUGCAUUCAAAGUGUGUCAUUUGUCGGGAGGAAAAGGAGGCAGUGGCGAUGGACGAGUCGUUUUUUGCAGGGUAUACAGUGGAACACUGCGCGAACGAGAUGUACUGCAGGUCGUGUCGCCACCCACAUUGGGGGAAACGGCAUCAGAACCACGAAAGGAGCGCGUGGGUGGACUCCUCGAACUGGCCGGAGGAGCUUUUACCAAAAAGGAACACGGAAUAUGUCAAGCGGGAGAUGUCUGUGCCCUCGUCGGACUCAAGACGGUCGUGACGGGUGAUACACUCGUAUUGUCGUCGAAAAAUAAUAACAAAAAGUCCAAGAAUACUAAGAAUGGUGCCAAUGCCAAUGCAUAUGGUCGAGUGUGCUUGGCGGGUGUGGCAUCUCCCAAGCCCGUGUUGCAAGUUCGAUUGGAAGCCGAGACACAGGGCGAACAGACACGAUUGAGCGAAUGCCUCAAAGUGUUGGCUAUUGAAGAUCCGAGUUUGUUGGUGGAAGAAACCGAGUCAGGGACACUCUUGUCGGGGCUGGGAGAAUUGCAUGUCGAAGUGACACUGGAUCGGUUGCAUCGAGAAUUUGGGCUCGUCGUCCACAAGGGAGCGCCACGAGUGGCGUAUCGAGAAACACUCCUGGAUGCGGUUGGUACGGAUGGACUCAUGCACUUUGAUCGCACCAUGGGAGAUACAAGAUUACAAGCUUCGGUGGAACUCAGAUUGGAGCCGACGAGGAAUGGUUGCGACGACAAUAAUGGCGAUGCAGCCGUACAGCUUCCAUUGGAACCAACCGUUCAAGUGGGACCGCAAGUUUUGGAGUUUCUGCAGCUCAAACCAGAUGUCCCCCAUGACGAAUACAUGGCCAAGUCGCCCGUCUACAGAGCGCUCGUGCAAGGAUGUUUGGGGUCGCUCAAGAGAGGACCCGUGGGAUCAUACGCCAUGGCCAAUCUUACCUGUCACGUCGACGCGAUUGAUGCCGAAGAUGGAUUGCCAGGUCUUCAAGCACUCCCCGGAGCUAUUCGAGCCGCCGCCAUGAAUGCAGUGACAAGUACUCUGAAGGACAAUGUCGAGCAAGGACGAGUUCUGGAACCCUCCAUGUCUGUCGAAAUUAGUGCUCCGAAUGACAUGGUGGGUACUGUCUUGUCGGAUCUGACGAGUCGACGAGGGACUGUAGAAGAUGUGGUCACCGGGGACGAGGAUAGCUCAACAGUUCACCAAAAGACUAUGGUCCGUGGACAAGUGCCACUGGUGGAAAUCUUGGGGUAUGCAAGCGCACUGCGUAGUUUAACGGCGGGAGAAGGCGCGUUCUCGGCCGAGUACAAGGGACAUUCCCGUUGUAGUGGUGCAGAGGUACCGUGA